GCGCGCACCCUUCGGGAGCCGCCGGCGCCUCCCCGCGGCCCGGGACGCACGUGCCUGGGCCAGGGCCAAGGCCAGUGGCCACUCCGUAGUAGCUGGGGCGGGUGCGAGCGCCUGGCUUAGGGCCGUGGCCGCCGCCCGCCGGCCCGCCCGCCUGCUCCGGUGGUUGGGCGGAGGAAGCGCGGGACUCCUCCUCCUCCCCGCUGUAUUAACAUGCACCCAGGGGCGGGUGACCAGCCCAGCCUAGCAGCCCCUGCCCGCUGCUGCUGCUGCUUCCCUGCGCUCAGCCUCCGCGCCAGAGGCGAGCCUUGCGCUCCGGGCGCCGCAAUCGCGAGGACGCGGCCUCGCAGACACCUUCCACUGGCGGGGAGCUGCAGGACCGGUGGUGCGAGCGGCCGCAUCCACCACGGAGUAGGCUCCUUCCCAAACCCUCGCUGAGAGGCAUCCCCGGCCAGGGGGGCCACUGUUCCUGCCCUUGCUCCGAGGCUCGUGCGACGGACAGGCAGACGGACAGACGCCACCAGCGAGUUCCGGACUGCGGGCAGCGGCAAGAAAACCGUGAGGGGUACUAUCAGGCUGCUUCUAGUGAAGGCAACUCAUUCCUUUUCCUGGGACACUUUCUUCAGAAGACCAACGCACAUCCCGUUUGCUCAGAUAUAACCCCAAAUUGAAAGAGUUCUUCUAGAGGGGACGUCAUCAGUCUCGCCAGGACUGGGUUGAUCAUCACGUACCAGGAGUGACAUCUACUUCACAAUAUCGGCAACAGCAGCAACCUGAAGCUUAGAUCUCCUGCUGAGUGGGACGGGAGAAAAAAUGGAAGAGUGAUCCUCAAAGGUUACAUCUGCUCUGGGAUCCGCUGAAUGUCGCUUGAAGGCCCCUGUGUCUGCUUCAGAGAACUCCCGUUGAAUGACAAAGACGCUGAGAACAGUCUCUUCUGCCCAAGACGGGGUCUGGAACUUAACGGGGUUCCCAUGACCCCUGCGAUUGCUUCCAGUCAGCAAUGAAAGGGUUAUCAGGUAGCCGCAGCCACCACCACGGGAUCACCUGCGAGUCGGCCUGUGACUCCCUGUCACACCACUCUGACCACAAGCCCUACCUGCUGAGCCCCGUGGACCACCACCCUGCGGACCACCCCUACUACACCCAGCGGAACUCCUUCCAGGCAGAGUGCGUGGGGCCCUUCAGUGACCCGCUGGCCAGCAGCACCUUCCCACGCAGGCAUUACACCUCGCAGCAGGAGCUGAAGGACGAGAGCGCCCUGGUGCCACGCACCCUGGCCACCAAGGCGAACCACCGCAUCCCCGCCAACCUCCUGGACCAGUUUGAAAGGCAGCUGCCGCUCAGCCGGGAUGGCUACCACACGCUGCAGUACAAGCGCACCGCGGUGGAGCACCGCAGCGACAGCCCCGGCCGCAUCCGACACCUGGUCCACUCUGUCCAGAAGCUCUUCACCAAGUCACACUCCCUGGAGGGGCCGUCCAAAGGCAGCGUCAAUGGGGGCAAAGCCAGCCCCGAUGAGUCGCAGACUGUGAGAUACGGCAAGCGCAGCAAGAGCAAAGAGAGGCGCUCGGAGUCCAAAGCCAGGUCCAAUGCCUCCAACGCCUCCCCAACCUCUCCCAGCUGGUGGAGCUCAGAUGACAACCUGGAUGGCGACAUGUGCCUCUACCACACGCCCUCGGGUGUGAUGACCAUGGGCAGGUGCCCUGACCGCUCUGCUUCGCAGUACUUCAUGGAAGCCUACAACACCAUCAGCGAGCAGGCGGUGAAGGCCUCCAGGAGUAACAAUGACAUCAAGUGCUCGACCUGCGCUAACCUGCCCGUCACUCUGGAUGCCCCACUCCUGAAGAAGAGUGCCUGGUCCUCCACUCUCACCGUGAGCAGAGCCCGAGAGGUUUACCAGAAAGCCUCAGUGAACAUGGAUCAGGCCAUGGUGAAGUCCGAGGCAUGUCAGCAGGAGCGGUCCUGCCAGUACCUACAGGUUCCCCAAGAUGAAUGGACAGGGUACACGCCUCGCGGGAAGGGCGACGAGAUCCCCUGCCGAAGGAUGCGAAGUGGCAGCUACAUCAAGGCCAUGGGGGACGAGGACAGCGGGGAUUCAGACACGAGUCCCAAGCCUUCUCCCAAAGUGGCCGCAAGAAGAGAGAGCUAUCUCAAGGCUACACAACCCUCCCUUACAGAGCUCACCACACUCAAGAUCUCCAACGAACACUCACCCAAACUCCAGAUCCGGAGUCACAGUUACCUGAGGGCAGUAAGUGAAGUCUCCAUCAACAGAAGCCUGGACAGCCUUGACCCCGCAGGCUUGCUCACGUCACCAAAGUUCCGCUCCAGAAAUGAGAGCUACAUGCGAGCCAUGAGCACCAUCAGCCAGGUGAGCGAGAUGGAGGUGAACGGGCAGUUCGAAUCCGUGUGUGAGUCCGUGUUCAGCGAGCUGGAGUCGCAGGCUGUGGAGGCUCUGGACCUGCCCAUGCCUGGCUGCUUCCGCAUGCGCAGCCACAGCUACGUGCGGGCCAUCGAGAAGGGCUGCUCCCAGGACGACGAGUGCGUGUCGCUGAGGUCGUCCUCGCCUCCACGCACAACCACCACCGUGAGGACCAUCCAGAGCAGCACCGGUGUCAUAAAACUGAGUUCUGCCGUUGAAGUGUCAUCUUGCAUUACAACAUAUAAGAAGACACCACCUCCAGUCCCACCCAGAACUACCACGAAACCUUUCAUUUCUAUCACAGCUCAGAGUAGCACAGAGUCUGCGCAGGACGCCUACAUGGAUGGACAAGGCCAGCGCGGAGACAUGAUCAGCCAGUCUGGCCUCAGCAACUCCACCGAGAGUCUGGACAGUAUGAAGGCUCUGACCGCUGCCAUCGAGGCUGCAAAUGCCCAGAUCCACGGCCCAGCAAGUCAACACAUGGGCAAUAAUGCCGCUGCGGUCACCACCACCACCACCACCAUAGCCACUGUCACGACCGAGGACAGGAAGAAAGACUUUAAGAAAAACCGAUGUCUAUCUAUUGGGAUACAGGUGGACGAUGCUGAAGAGCCGGAGAAGGCGGGGGAGAGUAAGGCGCCCAGUAAGUUCCAGUCCGUGGGAGUACAAGUGGGAGAGGAGAAGUGCUUCCGCAGGUUCACCCGGUCCAACAGCGUGACCACCGCAGUGCAGGCUGACCUGGACUUCCAUGAUAAUCUGGAAAAUUCCCUGGAAUCUUUAGAGGACAAUUCGUGUCCCGGCCCGAUGGCCAGGCAGUUCUCCCGGGAUGCCAGCACGUCUACCGUCAGCAUCCAGGGUUCGGGGAACCAUUACCACGCCUGCGCAGCCGACGAUGACUUUGACACGGAUUUUGACCCCUCCAUCCUGCCUCCCCCGGACCCCUGGAUUGACUCCAUCACAGAAGACCCCCUGGAGGCCGUUCAAAGGUCCGUGUGCCACCGGGAUGGCCACUGGUUCCUGAAGCUUCUCCAGGCAGAGCGAGACCGCAUGGAAGGCUGGUGCCAGCAGAUGGAGAGGGAAGAGCGGGAAAACAGCCUCCCCGAGGACAUUCUAGGGAAAAUCCGAACCGCAGUGGGCAGCGCCCAACUUCUCAUGGCGCAGAAAUUCUACCAGUUCAGAGAACUGUGUGAAGAGAACCUGAAUCCCAAUGCUCAUCCAAGACCCACUUCCCAGGAUUUGGCGGGGUUUUGGGACAUGCUGCAGUUGUCCAUAGAAAAUAUUAGUAUGAAAUUUGAUGAACUUCAUCAGUUAAAGGCCAAUAAUUGGAAACAGAUGGAUCCUCUUGACAAGAAGGAGCGAAGGGCCCCUCCUCCAGUGCCAAAGAAGCCGGCGAAGGGCCCCGCGCCGCUGAUCCGGGAGCGCUCGCUGGAGAGCUCGCAGCGCCAGGAGGCCCGCAAGCGCCUGAUGGCCGCCAAGCGUGCCGCAUCGGUCCGCCAGAACUCGGCCACCGAGAGCGCGGAGAGCAUCGAGAUCUACAUCCCCGAGGCGCAGACCCGGCUCUGAGCGCCCGCCCGCCGCAGAGGACCAUCCCGCCGCCCUGGCCCGCGGCCGCCUCUCCCUCCCACCCCGCCCCCCCCCCCGUGUCCCCCUCUGUCUCUGAGCUCAGUGACCGCCACCGUCGUGGCGUAGUUGUCCACCUCGCAGGAGCCGUUGUUCCCCAAGCCACCCCCCCACCCAGCUUCCUGGACCACUUUGCCCAUCUUCUUCACCCACCGAGCUUCGCUCCCUUGUCCUGUAGCCUCAUGCAGACAUCCAAACCCUUUCUUUUCUGGGACAAGCAAACCCACCCGUGUAGAAAAGACACCUGUAGGUCACUCCGCCCUCCUCAGUUCUUUCAAGCUAGUGCGUCCCCAGAACUCAGCAAUAUAAAACCAUAGGGUAUUUCAGAAGCCCAGUGUCACACAGGGUGAUCCUUUAGAGACUUAACCGUCUUCCACGUGAAAGAAACGAGGGCUCCGAUUCCCUUUCUUUGCACCCCCCGAAAACGGUUAUUUUUUUUUUAAACGAGCAGACAGAGCGCUUUAUUUCUAAUCUCAGAAAUCACACCAUCUCAUCGGAAUCAAUGGUGACCAAGAGAGAGGGAACCAAGCUGGCCUGGGGUUGGGGGCCUGGGUGUGGCGUAGGAGAGAAGGGCCAAGUGCCCGGUACCCUGCAUCUGUACCUGUGCAGCUGUACAAACCGCCUCGCCGGCACUUCAUCAGUCGCAGCUUCUAACGUCUCAAUCAGCAGAAGAUUGUAAACCCGAUCUUUCAGGGAAAUUAAUCUAUUCUGAAAGGCAAUAAAAUGAAGAAAGUUUAAGGCAGAGGAAACCCCGAUGGUUUAAGAUCCCAUAAAAGGAAUCUAUUUAUUUAUUAUUAAGAGAAUUUAGACCUGAAAUGUUUUAUCAACUUUUCUUGUACUCUGUGUAUUAUAAUGUCAUGGCAGUGGGUUUUUAAAUGGGGGCCGGGGGGAGAAAGAGUUGGUUCUGCUAGUUCAGUGUCCGUUCGGGUGGGCGCACUGAACGAUUUCACACGCGUGCGCACGCGCGCGCGCACACACACACACACACACACAGGAACAUCUCUGCUUCUGAAAAGCGGCGAGGCCAUUUCCAGAAGAGAGUUGCGGUUCUCUGCCACCCCCUUUGAACGCUCCACAUCUGUCCAGUUCUGCCCAGCACUCCACAGUCCAGGGGUCACCUCCCACUCGUUCCGCAGCACAGGAUUUUUGUCCUACAUCAAAUGAAUAAAAUAAAAGGUUUUUCUUUACCCCAGUUAACAUUCUGCCUCAUUCCCAAGAGCUGUCGUUAUGAUCCUCAAGUUCCAGGUAGUGAGAGAAUGUCGUUUGGUAUGCAGGGGCCAAGAGCUAUGAGGAGCUAGGAAAGCCAGCAUUCAGAACGGCUGAGAGAAACUCAAGCUUUGGGUUGGAUUCCAGGCUUCCUGUUGGCUUACACUUUAGCCGUGGUCCAUGGGCCGUGUGCACUGGCGUCCCGCUGAAGUCUUCAAAAUGCCCUUACUUGUAGCAGUUUAAACAUUCAGAAUGUGGCAAUCGGAAAGCGUCAGCCAUAUAGUAUGUCAAGCUUGAAACCUAAAGAAUUAGAAAUUUGCCAUUGAAAAACGGAAGUCUUAAAAGAAAAAAAAAUGCUUGCAACAGAGAUGCUGAUAAAAAAUACACUCUCAUAGCCAGGUGCUAAUUUAAUUUUCUUUACAAAAUUAAGAGAAGCGAUGGGUUCUGGAAACCAAUAUUUUCAGACGUAUUCUAAAACUACUAGAGAAUCCGCUACCUCUCAGAGCCUUGAUGCUUUGAGUUACCUUUAAUAACAGGGCACAAUGUUUACUGCUGUGGUUUACAAGAAAAGGGCUACUAACAUUUUAAAAACAACAAAACAAAACAAAACUUUUAACUAGGGCAGACAAAGUCAGUGCUUUCUGAACUGGAGAAGAGAUUUUUUUUUUUUUUUUUUUUGGAGCUUCAAGUAUUUGCUAGUUCCAAAAAAGACAACAGUCUUGUAGUAGAACAGCAAUUAAGCAUCAUGUGAAGUAUGCAGGAGUAAGGUCAACUGUCACCUUGGGUAGCCCGCGGUCACAUUCAUCCAAGAAAGACUUGGCAUUCACAGGAAGCACUGUCCAUUCCAGACCCACAGUCACUACUACAGCUCCGUGCCCUGAGGUAGAGUUCAGUUUCUAGUGUGAUUCCAGAUUCUGCUACAAUGUUUUCUUUGGGAACUGGUUUGGCCCAGGCUGUUUUAAAGAGGGACAAGUGAAGGCCUAUUUAUCUUGUCUUAAGUGAAUGGCAUUUGUAUAUUCAUAAGCUAUUUUUGGUAAGAAUUUUAAAUCUUUUAGCUGAACGCCUGCAGGGCAUCACAACCCUUGCCUUCCUGAAAAACACAGUUUAAACUGUACAAACACUUUAUUAAAAAAAAAAAGAAGGUAAUCAUUGAUGGUAGGACAUGACCCCACACACAAUACAGCUUGUUAUCCCCUGGAACCUGGAAACUGACAUCCGUGAGCAUAACAUUUGUUGCGUUAUUCUUUUUGAUGUAAUUUGUAGAGAUGUUUUUUAGUUCAUAAUGAACAAUGUAUGUACCCUGAAAAAUUGCUUAUUUUGUUUAACUUUGGUAUAAAGGUGUUGGGCAUUUUCUUGGGGUGGGGGGAAUUACAAAAGAAAUUUGUCUCCCUCAUCAAGAACAACAAAAAAAUACAUUCAAAGAAAUUAAGUAUUUAUUAUAUUUUUUGCAGAUGUUUCCAUACAAUUCACAUAACCUUUUUGUAAAGAGAGAUGAAGAAAUGGAUUAAAGAUUUUUAAUAUUUGAAAUGGUAAAUAGAGCUAAUUUAUUUGUAAUAUAUUUCUGUUAUUUAUAGAUGUCCCCUUAAUGUUUUACUGUGCAGUACUGCUUUAAUUUAAGCCUUAUCCUUAUGAAUUUACCAUUUCUUUUUUAAGAACAUGUCUAGAUGCAUAUUUUAAAUAACUGGAAUGUAAAUCAUUAGCAUAUCUGAAUUCCCUAAUGUAAUUUUUAAAAAUUAUUUUGGUUUGGGGAAUAAAAAAAGAUUCACUUGAAAGCCUUCAGAUGGAGGGGUGGGGAAGAUUUUUAUGGCUUUCUGAAUUGGAAUUUCAUAGGCUUAUUUACCUAGAUUGUGUGUGGCCAAAAAAAAAAAUAUAUGACCUGUAAAUACAUGGAUGUUUCCCAUAAUGUAAAAAGAAGGAAUUAAUAAAAUAACCAACGCACUA